ACAAAAUUAUACUGACGCUCUGAUCUUAGGCUUUUUCUCUCGAUAUUUAUAGAAUACUUGGUUUUCACCUACUUCUUGCUCUUUGUUGUUGAUCCAUUUGAGGAUUCUACGAAGAUUUAGCCGGAACUCGCAAUCGGAGAAGCUACUGACUACGAGGAAGAAGACGAAGAGGAGUAAUGGCGAAGCAUGAGGACCUUCCGAUUCCUGUUUUCUCUUCUCUUGUCCCGGUCUAUGGCGAUGGAACUCAGCUUGAGGAAGCUCGCCUUCGAUUUGAUAAUCUCAAGGCUAAGUUUCUCCAAGUUUUCGGCCAUCCUCCCGGUGUCUUUGCUCGUUCUCCAGGGAGAGUGAACUUGAUCGGGGAGCACAUUGACUAUGAAGGAUAUUCUGUGUUGCCUAUGGCGAUUCGGCCAGAUACGAUCGUUGCAAUUCGGAAGCACGACGCUGGAGAGGCGGAGCAUCUUCUGAGAAUUGCUAAUGUUAAUGAUAAAUACUCGAUGUGUACCUAUCCUGCUGAUCCUCAUCAGGAAGUAGAUUUGAAGGAUCACAAAUGGGGACACUAUUUCCUUUGCGGGUACAAAGGCUAUUACGAAUUUGCUAAAUCAAAAGGAAAAGAUGUUGGCAAGCCAGUUGGACUUGACGUUCUUGUUGAUGGAACAGUGCCUACAGGAUCUGGAUUAUCAAGCUCUGCUGCAUUUGUUUGCUCUGCUACCAUUGCUAUAAUGGCUGUUUUUGGUGAUAACUUUCCCAAGAAAGAACUCGCCCAACUUACGUGUGAAUGUGAGCGGCACAUUGGUACACAAUCUGGUGGAAUGGAUCAGGCAAUCUCUGUCAUGGCCAAAUCUGGGUUUGCGGAGCUGAUUGAUUUCAAUCCUAUUCGUGCUACUGAUGUGCGACUUCCUGCUGGUGGGACUUUUGUUAUAGCCCAUUCUCUAGCCGAAUCACAGAAAGCAGUAACUGCUGCCAAAAAUUAUAAUAACAGAGUUGUGGAAUGCCGACUUGCUGCUAUUGUUCUAGGCAUAAAGGUUGGGAUGAAACCACAAGAUGCAAUAGCACAAGUGAAAACUUUAUCUGAUGUGGAAGGGCUGUGUAUUUCAUUUGCUAAUGAGCGUAAUUCUUCAGAUCCUGUGCUUGCAGUCAAGGAACUGUUGAAGGAGGAACCAUAUACAGCUGAAGAUAUUGAACAAAUCACUGUGGACAAUCUGCCUUCCGUUUUAGGCAAUUCUCCAACUUCAUUGGAUGUUCUAAAAGCUGCUAAGCAUUUCAAGUUGUAUCAGCGAGCGUCGCACGUGUACUCUGAAGCCAAGCGGGUCUAUGCUUUCAAGGAUGCAGUUUCGUCAAGUGUAAGUGAGGAAGAGAGGCUUAAGAAACUUGGUGAUCUUAUGAAUGAUAGCCACUACAGCUGUAGCGUUCUUUAUGAAUGCAGCUGUCCCGAAUUGGAGGAGCUUGUAAAGAUCUGUCGGGACAACGGUGCUCUCGGGGCAAGGCUGACUGGAGCGGGAUGGGGAGGCUGUGCAGUCGCCCUUGUAAAAGAGGCCAUUGUUCCCCAAUUCAUUCUCAGUCUGAAGGAUAAGUUCUACAAAUCGAGGAUCGAUAGAGGGAUCAUCGACAAGAACAAAGUCGAUCACUUCAUCUUUGCUUCCAAGCCCUCAAGCGGAGCUGCCAUCUUCCAUUUUUAAAAACAAAUUCAUCAUUGCAGUGUUUAUUCGGUGUGCCGCAACACCCCAGGAGGAAGGAAAUAAGUAAAAUAUUAUUAGAACACUUUUGGUUUUAGAAAAUUGUGGACAUUUCAUGACCAACCAAGCAUUCAGCAAUAACUCCUUCAUCCUUCUUUGCCUAUAAAUAAAGGAAUGUGUAACCUACAAAAAUGGGCUUAUU